AUGCUAGUUCAUAGCGUAUUACCCAUGGCAAUAUGGCUUGGCGCUUGGGGAACAGACGCCACGUUCAUGGCUGAGCGUGGUAUCAGGUUGACCCAGGCAUCUCGACGCGAAGACUUGGAGACGGAAAGCGCUCGCCGAUUGGUGCAAGCCCUUGGGUGCAGCAGUGACAUUGAUAUGAUUGCUUGUUCCCUGCAUCAGCUGUAUCAGGGAUUCCACCGUCGUGAUAACUGGCAUUUAACUUCUAGCCGCGAUGUUAGGGAAGGGCUCACUUACGGGGAGAUUGAGAUUGAGGGUGUUAGCGAAUUGGUUGCUAUACUUGAGUUUCUAGGGCCCUUGGAGGAGAGCGACACGAUGUUCGAUCUAGGCUCUGGCUUGGGGAAGAUGGCAGUACAAAUAUUCCUCGCCACGAAGGUCCACAAGGUCAUAGGCAUCGAAUUUGUACAGGAACGCGUGGAGGAAGGCAUUCAAGUGCUUUCCCAUAUGCAUCGUUUAUUGCAGUUGCAGGGGGAGGGUGCGUCCGUUUCUGAGAGUAGCAUCGGCAGUCGCAGUCUUACGUGCCCAUUCGACGGCAGAUCGCUAGCGUUUGAAUAUGGUGAUUUCUUGGCUCGGGAUCUGAGCGACGCAACAGUGGUGUACACUUGCUCAAAUUCAUUUCCAGACACACUGCUUCAGCGCCUUUCCAGUCACUUGGCAAUGUCUUUGGCAGUUGGAUCAGUACUCGUAUCUCUUCGCAAGCUCCCUCAACCGCAUCCGCGCUUGACCCCUUUGUUUCGGUUGAAGUCGGUACAUGUGACUUGGGCGCCUCACCAGGGUCUCGCAUUCGUGUAUAUGGUAGCGCCCCCCCCGCCACCACUUCCAGAGAUAGCGAAGGCAGUGCGCGCACAUUACGACGGCUUGGAGGAUGGCUCAGACAUCGGCAUUUCCAGUCUGUUGCACAGUUGGGGGUCAGUUGGCGUGGCUGGUCGAAGACUCACCGCAGCAGCAGCUCUGUUCGACAAAGCCGCAGCUCGGCGUUGUGACGCCGAGGAACCAGCCUUGGAUGCCGAGGGGCUCGAGGCGUUCUGGUGUGGUGGAUCGCUCUCGAAAGAUUCGCUGACCGCGGUAGACGCAGCGAUGGGCACAGUGUAUCGAACCAUCAAGGUCACUUGGGCGGCUGGUGACCUGCGCUAUCUGCCCAUGUAUGUAGGUGGGAAGAAAGUGUUGGCUAAGGUCGCUCCAGGUAGCUACCACGUGGACAACAGUCAGUUACUGUCGAGCACGCUGGGCUUGGGGCAUCGUUUCAGCAAGGAGCUAGAUGACAUCGACGAUGAUAGUUAUGCGAGGUGGAACACCACAGUGGUAGGCACGGAUGAGAUGGACGGCUGGUUGCGGACUCGAGGCGGCACAUGUUUUAGCCCUGCGAACGGAACAAUUGUGCGCAUCCGCGAUUCUCGAGGCCGCAGUCUGCUUCACGAGGCAGCCUUCCACGGCGCCGAGGGUCUCAUCGAGCGCUUGUCGGCGCUGGGCUUGCCAGCAAACGUCCGUGACUUUGACGGGAGGGCGCCUCUGCACGACGCGCUGGACGCCACCGGACCUCGAGCGGGCAGCAGGGGCCUCGAGGCGCUCCUCGAGGCGCGCGCGGACGUGGACGCCCGAGACCGGGCGGGCCGCACGCCCCUCCACACGCGGGUGGGGUCCGAGGAGCUGGCCGAGCUGCUGCUGGCAGCCCGGGCGGACGCCAACGCCCGCGACGGCGCAGGCAGGGCGCCCCUGCACCACUGCCCCUCGAGGCGCUUCGCGGACGCGCUGGCGAGGCACGGCGCAGAUCCGAGCGCUGUCGACGCGCACUCCACGCCGCUGCACUCCUGCACGGGCGACCCGGACCUUGCCAGGGGCCUGCUGGCCGCGCGCGCCCAGGCCCGCGCGAGGGACGGCGGCGGGAGCGCGCCGCUGCACAGGUGGUGCGCGCGGCGCGGCGGCCCACAGCUCGCGGGCGUGCAGGCCAUCCUCGAGCACAGGGCCGAGGUGGACGCGGUCGACGAGGGGGGCAAGACAGCUUUGCACUGGGCAGCUGCCUCGGCCUCGACCGACGUGAUUCGACUGCUCAUCGGCGCCGGUGCGGACGCUUCAAGGCUGGACGCCGAAGGCAAGACUCCGCUCGACUACGCUCGCGGACGUGAAAGGCAAGAUCUGUUGCGGGCAUUGCCAACAAGCGAACUGUGA